AAACCAGAGCUUCUCCUUUUCCGUGAAAGGAGAGGGAAAGGGUAACACUGCAACUCUCCAGUUCACAGUCCCUCCCCUUCCUAUUGCAUUGCAGCACUGAGAAAUGCCUUCGGAAGAUUCAAAGCCCGUGAAAAGAGUGGAGGAAAACAACAAGAGUUCCGUUUCCAGAAAGGGGACAAGCUCCAACGUUAAACCUCAGUCCAAGGUUGCAAAAUUCAAGAAAGAAGAGCCUAAUACUGCAGGGUCUCGCUCCAAGGAACCGAAAUUCAAGAAGGAAUAUAACGAGGACGACGAUGAUGAUGACAAGCCCCUCGCCAAAAGGACCUCCAACUCUAAGGAUGUUAAUAAAAAGAAGAAUAUAAAGGAGGAAGAAAAGAAGAAGGUAGAGCAGAAGAAGAGAGAAAGGAAGGUUUAUGAUUUACCUGGCCAGAAACGAGAUCCACCUGAGGAGAAAGACCCUCUGAGGAUUUUCUACGAGACUUUAUAUAAGCAAGUUCCCCAUAGCGAGAUGUCACAAAUCUGGUUGAUGGAAUCGGGGUUGCUUCCUAAAGAGGUGGCGAUGAAAAUAUAUCAGCAGAAACAAAAGAAAGGUCUGCAGCAGAAGCUCACUUCUCCCGUUAAGGCUGCAACUGCUAUGAAGAGCAGCACAAAGUCUGUUACAGUUAAGAAGAAAAGCCGAACCUCCCCAGUAUCUUCUGUUAAAACGAAGAUAACUAACGCCACAUCAAAGCUGUCCAAGAAGCGAAAAUCUGCGGAUAUAAGCUCUGAGGAUUACUCUGAUGAUGAAUUUAUUUUAGCACCAUCAAAGAGGAGUAAAGCUGCUUAAUUGUGUUCGUUAUUGACUUUGAUAAAAAAUUCCAUUUUUUCCCUACCUUUUAUUGCUGGUGAUGCAUAACUUGUAAGGCACUGGACGACAUGAUUUUAUAUAACUUCUAAUAGGUUGUACGUGAUUUACUGAGCAUUUAGCCUUUAGUUGUAUGAUACCUAGAAGUUUGGCUAUGGUUAUAUUAAAUUCAUGUAACAUGAAAAAAGCAUUGCUAUUAAUAUAAUUAACAUUUU